CCAUCAUGUAGUAAAGCUGCUCCUUAAGGAGCCCACGGUCACCUCAGUCUCUGUGAUGUGCCGUUCUCCAUUCAAGAACAAAUUCGAUAAUGUAAAGUACUACAUUGGAGAUGUCACCAAGCGUGACCACUGUCGUCACGUUGUCCAGCAAGUCAAACCGAACAUUAUCUUCAACACUGCUUCACCUCACGCAUACAAAGACCAUGAGCAUGUGCCCGACAUCUUCAAAGUCAACGUCGAUGGCAACGUGAACCUACUUCAAGCCGCUUAUGAUGUCGGUACCGUCAAAGCCUACGUCUACACCUCAUCUGGUCCCAUCAUUGCUGGCUCUGGUGGUGGCUAUGAUCAUGCUGAUGAGACACACCCCACUCUGGUUGUCCCACACACGAAGAAGGGAGAUCCAUAUCACGUGGCCAAGGCCUUAGGCGACAAGAUUGUUCUAGAAGCUAAUGGCAAGAAUGGUAUCCGUACUUGCACUAUUCGUCCUACUGCCCUCUAUGGUGAAGGUGACGGCCAAAUGGUUGGACCAGUUAUCAAGGCUCUGGAAGAUGGUCAAACAACCAUAUGGACUGGAUACAAUGACAUUGAUAUGGACGUUGUUUAUGUCGGACAUGUCGCCAUUGCUGAAGUUCAAGCCGCAAAGGGUCUUCUUGUGGAGAUCAGUGAUCCAAAGGCUCCCAAAGUCAGUGGCGAAGCUUUCAAUAUUACUGACGACCAACCAUCACCUCCCCUUACCUUCUUCAGAAAAUAUUGGGCUCUGGCUGGGGACGAGACUCCAUUGUCCAGUGUCUGGUACAUUCAUCCAACCUUGGUUCUCAUCAUGGCACAUAUCGCCGAGUGGAUUGUCUGGGCUAGGACUUGGGGUAAGCUCCGUCCAGAGUCUUUGAUCUUAGAGCGUAUGGAAUUCGUUCUUUUCACUCGGACCUACUCUAUUAAGAAGGCCCGUGAGCGCCUCGGCUUCAAGCCUUGGGGAAAUCAGCCAUACGCAAGUCAGGAUGAAGCUCUUAAGGGUGCUGUUGAGUGGUAUCUUCGUCCUGAAAAUCACGGUCCUGUCAAAAUUGGCGGAUCUCCAUCCUGGCCAGAGGUACCCUUCAGUUUGAUUUCAAACACUGGAGCUCUUGACUUGCCCGCAUCUAAGCAAGACCACUACUGCGUCAAAAAUGCUCGCAUCAUGGCGCAGACACACAAUACCAUCUUCCGUGCACUCAACUCAAUUUACCAACAAGCCCUGAGCAUCAAGCCAGGCACCCAAGAAGCCAUCGACAUGCUCGCAUACUGCGGCAUUACCUAUGACUUCAUUCACCACCAUCAGAUUGGUGAAGAGUCAAUCUACUUUCCAGAGAUUGAGAAGGCCACGAAGAUUCCAGGUCUCAUGGAGGAGAAUAUUGCUCAACAUCACUUCGUUGAGGAUGGUCUUGAGCGACUUCGUAAGUAUGCUGAGACUACGCGUCCAGAGGCAUACAGUGGUGAAGAGCUUCGCCAUAUUAUUGAUGAGUUCUCUGGAGCUUAUGAGCACCAUCAACAUGAGGAGAUUAAGACUAUCUUGAAUCUUCACGAUAAGAUUGACUCCAAAGUCCUCAAGUCUAUUGAUUUGCGCAUGCGCAAGGAGGCUGAGCGCCAAAGCGACAUUUUCAAGGCUGCCCCCUUCGUCUUAAGCUGCCAAGACAGGAACUUCAAGCUCGAUGGCGAGAUCCGUCCAUUCCCGGGCAUCUCCGCCCUCGUUCCCUACGUCGUCCACCUCUUCUUAUCCAGUCGUCACGCUGGAGUCUGGCGCUUCGCCCCAAGUACUAUGUAUGCUCAACCUCGUCCUUCCCCCGCUCGCAAGAACGACGAGCCCACCAAAGCUGAAUUGAUUGCUCCGCCUAAUGCCGGUAUGCCAAAGGGAUUCGACUUGACGGGUAUUUUACCAAGCACUCCUGUCAUUUUCGCUUUCUUGUUUGGUUUGCUGGCGUAUGCUUUGUACUUUUAAACAGCUUGGUCUGCUUCCUUUCGUUAGUGGUUGUGUUCAUAUUCCUACAAUACUUAGCAUGGGCCGCGGUUUGGCGUCUUUACCUGUUUUUUAUCGGAAUACCUAGACACGCUCUUUAGAAAGAAAUAAGGUCCUCGUCCGCAAUUUAUUUUACCACGAGCUUUUGGAGCAGGAUUAGCAAGCUCUAGCUGCUUGGGGGUGGGGAUAUGGAUCACUGAUAGGACGGUCGCACAUAACAGAUUUUCUGCUUGGGCUUUUGGUGUACUGCGGUGCACCACAGAAAGCUUUCUGGGAAAUCAGAGAAUAGAAAUUAAUCCCUG